AUGGUGUUCAACGGGCAACUUACCGGUUUUACCGUUGAUGAAGACCAGAACGGCCCACCAUCACAGGUGGCCCCUUGGACUGAUGAUGAUCUGUUUAUACAAUCUGACAACGAAGUCACCCCUAUGACUGACAUCGAGGACAGCUCUGGUGAUGAAGUAUAUGAUGAAGAAUACCUGAGGAUGCACAUGAAAUCUGCACAUGAUGAAGUGAAGAGUGGCCUUGACGUCCAGCAAUUAGGUAUCCCGAGGACAACGAAACAAAUCAAGAAUGCAGUGCGGGAGAAUACACCCAGUCCUUCUUUUGAAAAUACGACAGGGAGACACAGCUACAGCAGAAACGAGGAGGAAGAACUGGAUGAUUUGAAGGGGAACCCCGUACAUACGCGGGUCGGUAUCAUACAUGGCAACUCUGUCAAUAGUCCAUGGCCAAGAUUAGAUCCCAACGAGAAGGUUAAAACCAAGGCCAUUCCGUCAGAUCUUGAGCAGAUAUCAACGGGACAUCAGGACAGUGUCAGGGAUGCAAGACCAACUGUAUGUGGAGCGGACAUACAGACAACACAUGGGCAGACAACCGUAUAUAAAUACGAUGGCGACUUCAGAUCUGAUAGUAUUUGUCAAGAUCACAUUAAAAAGGAGAGUCAUACCCAAGAGAAGGAAUCUGAUGUCAACAUGGCCGAAACUUUGCCAUUUCCAACACGACUUGACAGACCAGAAAAUGAUAAAAUCCGAGUGAACUUAAGUAAGUCAGUUGCGCCUUCUGCAACACAUCCAAGUGUUCAUCUUCAGCAGAAGACGCCAGGAAAAGGCAUCUCACAACAAGACAUGUCCUCCCCCAGACAUAAGAAACAUCAAAAGAAGAAGAGGGGUCCGAAACCAAAACCAGGCAAAGUGUGCACCAUCUGUAAGAAACGAUUCCCUUCUUCGGAACUGAAGCAGCAUAUGCAACAGUCUCACAGACACUCGUGUCAAAUAUGCCGUAAAACGAUCAAAGACUUAGUGAUGUUCCAAGGCCAUAUGAGGGAGCAUGCAGGCGAACCUACCCCAUUUUGGUGUGAUCAGUGUAACAAGCGAUUUGACCGGUAUGCUACAUUGGAUAAGCAUAGGAGGGUGCAUUCUCUAAAAGGACGUUGGGAGUGUUCCAAGUGUGGAAAAGUGAUCACCCGACAUGAUAAUUAUCUCAGACACUUGAAGGUUCAUGAGGACUCCAACCUGAACAAGUGUGAGAAGUGUGGCCGACAAUACGCUUCAGCUGUAAAUCUCCGAAAACACAUGGUGGUGCAUUUAGAGGAAAAGCCAAUAGAGUGCCCAGUAUGCGAGAAACGCUUUAAUUUUAAAAGCACUUUAGAUUACCACAUGCGCAGUCACACAGCAGCAACUGUGAAAUCCGCUACCUGUAAAAUAUGUGGCAUGGAGUGUAUUCAUAAAAGUUCAUUAGCUAUCCACAUGAAUAUCCACACAGGAAUGAAACCCCAUGUUUGUGUAUAUUGUGGGAAACGAUUUGCCCAGCUGAGCACAAAAAUUGGACAUGAAAUGAACCACGAGAACCCAAACAAGAAGUCACUGGACAAAGACUCCGAAGAACAGAGAACCAAGAACAUGUUAGAGUCCUUCGACUGUGAUGAAUGUCUAAUGAGCUUCAUCAGCCUGGAACUUCUAAAUGGCCACAUGAUGAAAACCCAUGACACCACUUCAAAAGAGAUCCCAGACAGCGAGGUAACACCAGAAUGCAUAAAGCCAUACUCUUGCGGAAUAUGUGAAAUGCCAUUCCUGUCUGUAAGUGGACUCAGAAAACAUAGAAUAAAGAAUCACCCAGAACACAUUGGCGUUGGAAAGGGGAGAUACUCAUCUCUUGGAAAGAACCUGAACUCCAAUGGAAAGACUAUGGCUGAUAAAACAGUCUCCACUGAGAAGAAAGGAGCAGCUACAAGAUCUGCCAGGAACCGAAAGAAAGGGUCAAAAGAAGCAAAUGUCAACUUGGGACGUGCAUCGACAAAGGGCAACAAUUUGUAUGACACAGAAACAGCUGACCAACCAACGUUAGAUUCAGAGACUGACCCAGCAGAUGAUUUACCGACACCCAAGCAGAAGCCUGUUCCAACGAAGGAUUUACCAAAGUCCAAACAAGGAUCAACUGAUGGUGAAUCUGACAGCAACAUUGAUAAGAAUAAGUGUAAUAUUUGCGGGAAGUUAGUCCUUGAGCUUCGGAACCACAUGAAGUAUCACAGUGAGAAGGCCUACGUCUGUCGUGUCUGUGGUAUGAGGUUCGCCAUCUCCGCCAACCUCAAGAGACAUCUCCGGCAGCAUACGGGAGAGACUCCGUUCCAGUGCAAGACUUGUGGAGAACGAUUCAUGAAAGCAGAGGCUCUGAAAAAGCACAUGGCAAGACACAAAGGCGAGGAACUGGAGAAGAAGUAUGAAUGUUCUAUCUGCGGCAAGAAGUUCCUCGACAACUAUCACUUGAACCGACAUAGUGUGGUUCACAACAGCUGGCCUAAAGUACGUGACACUGAUCCAGCUAAUGGGGAUAAAUAG